GAGUGAUCAGCGUAUAUAAUCAGACAUAAACAGAUAGCCCACCUACGCUCAGGAACAGGACAAGCCGCCGGUCAGGACCCCGAGAUGCUGACUGAGCGAGACAGCAGCCAUGGAGAGAGGAGCAGCUCCGCCGGAUCAGGACAGGACACUGGUGGUGCCGCCCAGACCAGGGACAUCUCAAGGUGUGUCUUCACUUAGAGAAUCUGACAGGUUUUCCCCAUUAACCCAGUUAAUAGAAAGAAUUGAAGCUCUGCAGUUUUGUGAAGGACGGAGCACAGCAAAGAAAGCUUCUUCUGCCAGGAGUUCCAUUGUCCAUUUGGCACAAGAGCCAGCCACCUGCCGCAGCUCCUCAGAAUCAGCCAAAGUUCUGAGACAUUAUCACAACAACCAGCUGAGAAUGCUGACCCACAGGUGGAAGAUGCUUGGUCUCCAGCCUUCCGUCAUUGGGAACAGAGAUGACCACACAUCUAAACAUUUAAACCAAGAGAGUAAGACUGAAGACUGUCCACUGAAGUUCAUGGCCCUGCAGACCAGCCACAGCAGAGCUCCUCGAGAGAGACGGCAAGAAAACUGCAGCUCCAACUCGUCUGAUGUAGGAAUUCCAGAGGUAAAAGCGAACAACAUGGAUGUUCCAGUGUCCAGUAACACAGCAGCUUCAGAACAGUCCAAUUCUGACAACAGCGAUCUCUCAGAUCAGGAGAGAGGAAGAGCUCAGGUUUCAAAGUGGUCUGCACCUGUGGAGCUGUAUCUGAGGCCUGAGCCAUAUAACAAUGACCUGGACUCUUCUUAUUCCCCAGUGACAGUAGACGAACAUGUUUACCCCCAGGUUCUUCCGGCUCCUCUUAAAGAUCUGGAUUUUACUCAUGGUGAUCCAUCCACAGAACUCUCAGAUAGCCAGCAGAGGCUGUUCUCGGCUGAUCCCUGCCUCGCUCCUCUGGUAGUGCGGCUGCUGGAGCUGGAAAAGCUUCAGUCUGCCACUGUACAGAAAGAGCGAGCGAAACGACCAACCACUGCUAGAGCUCAGACCAAAAACAGCACUCGUUCAAAGAAUUGUGAACUUAUGGUUUCCAAGUCAUGGAGUCCUGAGGAUGCAGAUUGCAAUUCCGUCACAUGUAGUUUUACCAAGCUCAGUCUCUGUCCCAAUACUUCCUCCUGUAGAUGCAGACGGGAUGCUUGCCCCAUGGCAAAACUUAGAUAUAGAAGCAGAGAAAUGUGUCUACAGCAGUACCAGACACUGCUUAAACAUCCACACGCUAUGCCAGGCAAACUGAACAGGCCUGUAGCUGUAGUUCCAGUUUUCUCAGUCAGUGUAAAGACCUCACCAAAACCAAAAACUCCUAAUAGAACCAGGAGACUCAGAACCACUAAGAAAAGUUCAUCAAGGCCACAGAGAGACAACUCGACUUCUGCCAAAAAGACAAGAACAGCUUCUAUCAGAAAGUCUGAAUUUUAACCAGGCUUCCUCAUUCACAUUGUGACUUAGGAGCAAGAUGUUUUUCUGUGAUAUCGAAAAUGCAGAUGUUUUCAUUAGAUUUGUCAAUGAUUCAAUAUCUGUCCAAUCACUGCAUGCUGUGUAUUAAAAAUAAACAAAAUAACAACACUUAAUAAACAGAUAAAUAAUAGAUAUGGUAGAUAUGCCAUUGAAAAUUA